GACAUUCUUUAUCCAGAAAAACUUGACGCAACGCGUGAUUGGCAACAAUCAUCACACAAAGAAGGAGAGAGAGAGAGAUGUCGUACUUGCUACCGCACUUGCACUCCGGCUGGGCCGUCGAUCAAGCAAUCCUCGCCGAGGAGGAGCGUCUCGUCGUCAUCCGAUUCGGUCAUGAUUGGGACGAAACUUGUAUGCAGAUGGAUGAAGUACUUGCUUCAGUUGCAGAGACCAUAAAAAACUUUGCUGUUAUAUACUUGGUGGACAUCACAGAAGUACCAGACUUCAACACAAUGUAUGAACUCUAUGACCCGUCAACUGUAAUGUUCUUUUUCAGGAACAAACAUAUCAUGAUUGAUCUCGGUACUGGUAACAACAACAAGAUCAACUGGGCCAUGAAGGACAAACAAGAGUUCAUAGACAUUGUUGAAACUGUCUACCGUGGGGCCCGGAAGGGACGUGGGUUGGUAAUUGCACCCAAAGAUUACUCCACCAAGUACCGCUACUAAACUCAUUCGGGUGAGAGUUUCUGUGGAUUUGAACUGUGUAUUGGAAGAUUUAAAACUGGCUGUGACUUUUGAAUUGUUAUAACAUGUGUGUAAUUGUCGUCUUGUGAAACUAUGUUCUGAGAUUUAACAACUUUGCUUAAAUCAUAAUGUGUGACGAUAAGAAGUUGGAUAA